AUGGCUGACCAAGUUGAGGAGGAGCUACGCACCAAUCCGGACUCACUGGGCGGCAGCGCAGCCUCCUCGCUAGCCGUGGGCGGCCUGCAACAGAUCAAGGAGCAGCCGUCGCCGUCCGGCAGCGACUGCAGCAGCCAGAGCCAUUUCGUCGAGCUGCGCGACAAAGAGCGGGACGGCACGGCCUCGUCGUCGACCAGCGAGCGCACCAUCACACCCGAGACGGUGGUGGAGCUGGCGGCCAAGCGGUGCCCCGAGCCGGGCAGCGAGCCCGAGACGGUUGUGCUGCUGCGAGAGAGAACUGACGUCAUCCGAGAGGAGGAGGAGGGUGAGGAGGAGGACACGGUGCCCGAGGGCGAGCGUUCCGAGGGAGAUGGAGCCGAAGAGCAAAAGCCCGACGAGCACAAGCCCAAGACGGAAGCUGAAAUUGCCAGCGAGACCAGGAGAAAGCGGAAACUGUACCAGAAAUCGGAGAGCAUCGUGCUGGAGGCGGAGGAGCCGUGGAUGGACCGCUCGUUCCCCUCCUUCGCGUCGCGGGGCAGCACCUCGCUCAGCUGCAGCGACGCCUUCAGCAUCCCCCGCACCUCCGGCUACAGUGACACGCUAUCGAUCCCGCGUGGCUCGGCAUUCAGCGAUACCAUGUCAAUCCCGCGGGGCAUCUCUGAGUUCGGAGACGCGCUCAGCACGCCGCGAGGCUCCACGUUCAGCCGCACCUCCGAGGGACAGCUUUUCCGCUAG